AUGGUCUUGAUCGCAAAGAUACGAGCUGUGAAUGCCUCUCCACUUCGUAUUCCAUUUCUCGUAACAGCUGGCGCCAAAAGGCUCAUUUCCCUGCGUCCAUACCAAGAGGAAUGCAUCGAAAAAUGUGUUCAAUCCAUAAACCAGGGCCAAAAACGUAUCGGUGUGUCACUAGCCACCGGAGGCGGAAAAACGGUCGUAUUUGCUAAUCUGGUCGAUCGCCUACGCCUUCUGUCUGGUCGUGGUCAACAUCGGACUCUCAUCCUGGUUCAUAGACGAGAAUUGGCCCUUCAAGCAUGUAAAGUGCUCAAGACUUUCUUUCCACAGUAUAAUGUCCAAGUUGAGAUGGGACGCUUACAUUGUGACAUUGAAUCGGCCAAUGUUAUCGUGGCCUCUCUUCAAUCGCUGGUACGAAGACUAGACAACUAUAGCCCCAAUGAUAUCGAUCUUUUGGUCAUCGAUGAAGCGCAUCAUGCGGCUGCGAAUUCUUACAUCAAAGUACUCAAACAUUUUGGAGCAGAUACCAGUAAAACCCGAAUUCCAGUCAUUGGCUUCAGUGCAACGUUCGAAAGAGCGGAUAGUAAAGCUCUAUCCAGUGUUAUCGACGAGAUUGUAUACCAUCGUGGUAUUAUAGAAAUGAUUGACGACAAGUGGUUAUGCGAAGGUCGUUUCACAACAGUCGACGUGAGACUCGACCUCGCGGGUGUGUCUAGUACCGCUGGUGACUUCAAUAUCGAUGGAUUAUCCCGCGUCGUAAACACUCGCGAGAUCAACAACGUCGUGCUCCACACUUACCUGCAGAAAAAGGAAGAGCACAAUCUGAGAUCCACGCUUCUUUUCGGUUGCGAUAUCAAGCAUAUAAGAGAUUUGCAGGCGCUUUUCCAGAAUCAUAACAUUAAUGCGCAAUUCGUCACAGGCAAGACACGGCAGUCAGAACGGGAUGCAAUUGUCGAAGAGUUUAAGCUGGGCAAGAUAGAAGUUCUUAUGAAUUGUGGGAUUUUCACGGAGGGUACAGACUUGCCUAAUGCUGACAGCAUUUUUCUAUGUCGGCCUACGAGGUCGCGAUCACUUUUGGUGCAAAUGAUUGGACGUGGACUGCGUUUGCACCACUCUAAAGAUUUCUGUCACAUUGUUGAUUUUGUUGAUGCUUCGAAUGUCGGUGUUGUGUCUUUUCCAACUCUUGCUGGAAUAGACACAACUGAUGUUCGCCUCGAUGAGGUAACAAUUCAAGAGCUGAAGCAAAUGAAGGAAGAUAUGGUUUUGCGCGAGGAAGAAGUCAAAGUUCAGCAGCAAAAGGACCGUGAUAACGAACAGCUGGCCCACCAGAAGUUUAAAGAACUGCUAGAGCGCUGUAGCGCAUUUGAUCUUACACUCACCACAUUCGAAGAUUUUCAGUCUUUCCACAAGCAGACGAUCCUUGCAUCGAAUGGAGUUGCGUCAGCCUACAGUUCAGAAGUUGGGAAAGAAAUGAAAUAUUUGAAGGAUUCACCGUACCCUUGGGUUCGCUUUGCGCGCGAUGGAUGGGCCAUGCCACUUGAUCAGGGACAUCACAUUCGCAUUUAUAAGGAAACGGGCAAGAAUGACGCUCCUUCAACCUAUGCAAUGAAAUUGUACACGGAGCUUCCGUACACCGUUCGACAAGAACUGGGUAUGCGCUUUAAGUCGCAUAAUGUGAAGAAAUCCGACGACCUGGGUGUCAUCACUGCUGUGGUUGAUAAUGUCAUAAAAGAUCUGAAGAGUGGUCCUGCAGCCUCUGUCAAAAGUUUCCGAAAAUACGCGCCCUGGAGACUGACAUCAGCCACCUCAAAGCAACGAGCGCUAGUUGAUGCUAAAAUACGCAAGGUAUUAUCGAAGACGGAAUCCAAGUCUGCUUCCUCCCUUUCACCAGCCCAAGUUGAUAAAUAUCUUGCUGGCUUGACUAAGGGAGAGGCAUCUAAUCUUUUGUUUGCAUGCAGCAUAGCUCCAAUCUACCCUUUGAAAGCUCUAUGCAAAGCGCUCGUAUAUAAGUUUACCUGA